GCAUAGAUCAAAAAGUUGCCUAUAAUGCAAAAGGUCCAUUUGCAGUACACUUCCAAGAUUAAUCCGUGUAACAGCAUGGGUGUUACGAUUUCUUAACAUCCUCAGGAAGAAAGCUGACAGCGGUCCUUGGUCCACUUUGGAAUUACAGGCAGCACACAAACUUUGGAUUCUAGGCUGUCAAUCAAUUGUGUAUUCCAAAGAACUUGUUAAUUUGAAAUCAAAGACAGCUGAUCGGCUACCACUGGUCAGACAACUUCGUUUUUUCGUUUUCGAAGACUUCUACGUUCCGGAGAAAGUAUACAUAACGCACCCUUUCAAGAGUCGACAAAGUUUCCUAUCCCACUCCCCCAAAACCACCACCUAACACAACUGAUCGUAGAAGCCGGACAUAGCAGAAAUACUAAACUCCACCCUCACCUAUCUUCUUCAGAAAUACUGGGUACCAGCAGCCCGACAAUACGCAUCAUUCAUCGCUGUGUACAUGUCGAAAGGUCAUCAGCUAAUCGUACAAGAACCCCGACCUACCACCACUACCAGCAAUCCGCACAACCGAUUCGCAUCCGUUUACAGUCACUGGAGUUGACUUCACCGGCACAAUCUACGUGAAAUCACCCGAAGGUUCACUCAAAGUCUGCAUCUGCUUGUUCACCUGUGCCAACAUCCGGGCCAUCCACCUCGAAAUAGUUAAUGAUCUAUUAGUACCCACCUUCAUGGAAGCCUUUCGAAGGUUUUCCAAUCGCAAGUCACUUCCCACAAUAAUGGUAUUCGACAACGCUUCAACUUAUGAAUCAGCAGCAGAAGAAUUGAAAUUUUUGUUUAAAUCACCAAUUCUAGAGGAACGUCUUAGUAAACGAGCCGUGCAGUGGAAAUUCAUGGUCAAACGUGCUCCGUGGCAUGGUGGAUUUUGGGAAAGACUAAUCGGUAUGACCAAACUUACCCUGAAGAAAGACCUUGGCCGAUGAACCGUCAACCUAUUCAAACUAAAACCAUCAUCACAGAAAUCGAAACAAUAUUGAACGACCGCUCACUAACCUUCGUUUCAUCCAACAUCGAAGAUGAACAACCCUUGACUCCUUACCAUCUCCUUUACGGUCGUAGAAUAAUAGGAUUACCACACCCUUUAAUCGCUGAAGACGAAUGGUCCGAUUCAACCUUCGAUGAAGAACCAACCUUAGUUCAACACCUUGCGAAAAGGAGAACUGAUUUAAUCCACCACUUCUGGAACCGCUGGCGGAAAGAAUAUCUGACAUCACUCCGCAAAUUCCACAAGGCAACAAAAACAAACAAAAUUUCUAUCAAGGCGGGCGACGUUGUCCAGUUACAUGACGAUACAAAGCGUAUCAACUAUAAAUUAGCUGUCGUUGAAAGUCUCAUUUAUUCAUUACUGGCAAAGAUGGAUUAGUCCGUGCAGCAAACAUCAGAACGAGCAAAGCCCACACUAACCGUCUAAUUACAAAGCUGUACCCACUCGAGGUUGCCUUGAUAACAAGAAGUAAUCCUGAUGAAAGCUAUGUACCUCCAACCCGCGCGGAAAGUAUCGCGAAUAGUCCAUUGAUUUACGUAACCCCAAAGAAGCAAGGACGAACAGCAGCUCGCGAAGCAAAGAAGAAGAUCAAGGACUGGACAGGUGAACUCUUGCGCGUCCCGGAGGAUGUCCCGGAUUAGCGACAGUACAGUUAUAUUUAAGAUAUAGUUCAGUAGGACAUGUUACGGUAGCAAUAGUCUCUGAACCUUAUUGGUUAACGUUAAGGAAAGGGCGGGAAUGAGCAGUUUUGAUUGUGGACAUUGACUCAAGUAGGAACUGUAAUUGUAACCCUUGUCGCUGUUCUUUUAUGCCAAUGAUUAUACAACACACAGGAUAUAUAGAAAUCCACUGCGAAGUUCUUUUAACUAUUACAACAUAUCUGACAGGCGAGUUACAAUCAAAGAAAAGCUUGUCUUUUCGCUUCUUUGUUAUUCGAAAGAACCUUUGGUACAAGUUCUCAGUUGUUUGCGGCAAUCACAACGCAAUUUCCAGAUUAAUAUUCAUAACAACACCCAACAAUCGGGAGAAUCUCGGCCCUCGGAUUCAACGGAACACAACUGUCAGCACAAUAUACUGUUUAAUUAACUGUCAACUUUCGCUCGCUGUGAAUACUUUAUUUGAUGAAUAUUUCACUAUCGUUUACCUGGCUUUUCCUUUCAACGGUUAUAUUAUAAACCACAAACUUUACUCAACUUAAAAGAUUUAUCACGAAGAAGCAGUUUUUAAUUUUAAACAUUUUCCGGCAUUUAUUUUGUCUUAAACUACAUGAAAUGCAAUGACAUCUAAUUUUCUCGUGUUCUACAACAAUAUGCAACACCAUAGCUGGCUGAAUUAAUGGUAUAAGUCAAUAGCCGACUAUAUUUCAUAUGUCAGAAGUGAAUUGCAUGGAUGGAACAAAAAUGGAUUGCGUGAACAGACCUUAAAAUAUUCUUUAGAAAUGAAUAACCAAUUGGAAAUUAGUCCGUCUAAUGACUUACCCUAGCUGAAAACGCAACUGGCUGAAAAAUAUAUCAAGUGUACAUCAUCAACUAACGAACUCGAACUGAGGGCCUUCGUCACAAAACCUCAUUGUCUCGCACGAAAUUUCCCCUGGGUAAAUUAACCCGCAUUGUUUUGGAAUUGAUAGUUAAUCCCAUGCCCCCAAAGUUGCAGGAAGAUAAUGGGGCGAAACGGACAAAAAAGACUAGGCGCGAGAAUAGUUAAGAGUGGUUGAGAAGAACAUUUUUUGUUCGACAUAGUGUGUUUCAAGAAUAAACGAUUUCUUUUUUAGCAUUUUUGACUUGUUUUGUGCCGGGUGGAUUCAAAAUCUUCUGACUGGUUAAGACUGUUCAAAUUCGUGAACACGCAUCGUCAAGGCAUCAUCAUUGAACUAGUAAAUUAAUAAAAAUUAUGCCCUGCAAAACGGAAAACGAAAUGAUUUUCAUUUUCUUUAACCCCUUCUUGCAAAUAUUUUUGUUUGCAUAUCGCUUCCGCUCAUAUAAUUUACAGUUUAUAUCAAGAUACAGCCUUUGACCCUGACAUUAGUCUACCUGUAUGGAUACAAUAUAAUUAUAUGACCGAAUUCGUUCUAACGCAAGCGGUUAAUCUUUGAAAAUUUUCCAAUUUCAUGCACAGGAGUUUAAAAAUUAAAUAGGAAAUUGAAUAUUAAUACAUGGCCUGCUACAAUGAAAAGGAAAACAAUAAGUAAAUUUUGAAUAUUUCACUUUCAUUUUUAUUUUCUUUAACUUGUCUUGAAAUAUUUUCAAAUUUGAUACAAACAUUUGUUCGUCAUUGAACUAUGUCUACACGCGGGAAUUAGUCGCUCAAUUGCAAAAUUUUUGUAAUGAAAGAGCGUUGUUUUACAAGAGAAGCCUUUAUAAAAGACGCACACUCAGCGAAUCUAUGGUCGAUAACUCACGUUAACAUCUGUGCAUCUAACGAGUCGUUGCUCUCGCCAUCGGUAAAAGAUUCAAAUCACGUCAGUGCCAACGAUAGCGAAUACCAACGAUUAAUAUUCUAAAAACUCCCUGCCGCUUUUCUUCUAAAAGUCAUCAACUAGCUCUAAAAAUGAUCCAUGAGGUCUGAAAAGACUAAUUCAAGCGAAACAUCACAAUCGGAAAAUAUUAUUACGGCAUUUUGGAGUAAUAUAUAUUGCAAAUCAUGAUUCGUGGCUUACAAUUUCACUUCCAAUUUAUUCCGGCCUCAGCUCGGUUUUUUCCUAUGCUAGAAAAGAACCGAAUUAUGCGGACGUUAGGUAUGGCCUCAACAAUUCAACGGACAAUCACAAUGAAUAUAGAUGAUAACAAGGAAAUAAUAAAGACUAAGCAUUGCAAAGUUCAAACAACCUUUGGAUACAAACAAACCAAGCUAAACCUCGACAGUCAAAGCAAUAAACAAAGUGAUGAAAGCAAGGCAAAGGGCGAAUAUAAAAAAUCGAAGCGACAGCAAGACUCUUCGGGAAAAGUCUGUAGUCAGGCAGAGCCUAUGAAAAGCGAGAAAGAAGUAGUUCACGAGGUCCCUGCCAUUGUAACUUCACCAGAGAUCAGAAGAGUAAUGGUCAAAGAAGGUGUUACGAAAGUUGUUAUUGACCUUGAGACGACUUCCCGAGCGGAAGACGCUGAAAUAUGCCAAAUCGCAGCUACAGAUGGGUCAGACGAGUUCAAUAUAUACAUUAUUCCUAGAGGAUACGUAACAUCUGGUGCUACGGCUGUCAAUAAACUCCGGAAAAGACGCGGGGCAUUAUACCAAGGUAGAGAGCGUCUGAAGGCCGUCUAUUUAAACCAGGGUAUCGCAAGAUUCCUAGCAUGGCUUAAAAUGAAGACACCGAGUUUGCUUAUUGCACACAACGGCAGGGCAUUCGACGCAAAACAUUUGAUCAAUGCGAUCGCCUCGUGCAAGCAGAUGUCAGAAUUUUCCCAGGCGGUGAUUGGAUUCUCGGAUUCAUUGACCGCUUUCCGCGAACUGUUCCCGGAAAGGAAGACUUACAAACAGACAGAUUUAGCGAAAGAUCUUCUAUGCGCAACAUAUAAUGCGCAUAACGCUCUUGACGACGUAAGGAUGCUUCAGAAGCUUGUAUCUAAAUUUAUAACUAAUGACAUGCUGUUGAAGCACAGUUUUACGGUCUUCUGGUACCGCGAUUAUUUAUCCUAUUCUCAAAUGACGCAGGAAAAUAUGAAAACAUUAAAGCCUUUAAUCAAGGCAGGAAAGGCUUCUGAAGGAAUGGCCGCGAAGAUAGCCGGAAGUGGACUGAGAAUGAGUCAUUUGGAGUUUGUUUACCGAACCGGGGGUGUUGAACGUCUUCGCGAGGUUUUAACUGAGCUCCACGGGGAAAAACCACGCGUGACCAACAAUAAAAAAAUUCAGGCUGAGAUCUGCAGUUUCUUCGAAGAAAUCACGAAGGAAGAGAAUUUGGAGAAUGGACAUUCAAUUGAUACGAAAUCAUAGAAAUUUUCCAUACUUUGUUUAAAUAAACAGCUUAUUAUCUUAUACGAUUAGUAGAUUUUACAGCAUUAUCAUCAAUCGAAACAUAUUAAAAUGGACCCGAGUUCUACUAUAUGGUUAUGAUAACAUAUUAUAUCGUAUAGGCUACAUAUUUGGAACUAUAUUUAACAAGUACUGUACGUGUGUACAACGAAAUGCAUGUUUGUCCAAUUAAGUUUUGAGUUUUUUUAACAAAGGGACUUAUACUAUGCACACGAAUCUCAGACUAAAUAAUGUUUAAACUUUCUUUAUACCUGCGACAAGUUUAGCAAUUUCGGCCUUUUAGGCUACCUUUUUUUCCAACAGGGACAGCUGGAAGUGAUAUAGGUUAUAAGUUUGUUCAUCACCCGAUACAAUUAGAUGCUAAAGUCGCGUUUACAUUACAUGCUUUGACCUGGCCUGGACCAAGCCUAGCCGUGUGAACGUUGUUUGUCUGGCCUGGACCUGACGUC